GCAGCGACUGCCAACUCGAACGGUUUUCGAUCUUCUUGAAUCGUCUCCCUUUCUUCGCUCCCUGUUGGCCCGUUUAAUUUACUCCUCGGCCUGCCUUGGUUGUUUGCUUCGUUUCUCCCUUUCGCUCGCUUUGCCUUUUGCCGAUUCUCUCCAUUGAACUUGUUGCUUGGUCUUGUUCAUUGAUCUGUUAUCAUCCUCCCCCCCAUCAACCCUCCUUGACUAUCAUGGCCUCCACCGCAGAAACGGCUUCCGCAUCCCCCAUCGGGAUUGCCAAUCUCCCCAACCAGCGGUAUGUUCUGAUAGGCUCCUAUCUAGCGGAGCGGCGGAUCCUAACCACAGCUAUCCGGCAGGCACAAGAUCGUCGCUAAACGGGGUGCGGCUUUCACUAUCAUGGUGGGUAGAAUCGAAUCAUAUCGUGCUGGCACGACCGGAAUACUAAUUAACGAGGUUAGGUUGCUGGAGAGUCGGGAUUGGGAAAGACCACGUUUAUCAACACCUUGUUCUCCACCACCAUCAAGAACUACGCCGACCACAAGCGCCGCCACCAGAAGCAGGUUGACCGUACCGUCGAGAUUGAGAUCACCAAGGCCGAGCUGGAGGAGAAAUUCUUCAAAGGUGGAUAGAAUUCGAGUCUAGUCAUUCCCCUCCGAGUGACCCGCUAACGCUGGAUUGCGAUUUAGUCCGCCUGACCGUGAUCGAUACCCCCGGAUUCGGUGACUACGUCAACAACCGUGACUCCUGGCAACCCAUCAUUGAGUUCCUCGACGAUCAGCAUGAGUCGUACAUGUUGCAGGAGCAGCAGCCCCGCCGCACGGAGAAGAUUGAUAUGCGUGUGCACGCUUGCUUGUACUUUAUCAGACCUACCGGACACACCCUGAAGCCGCUCGAUAUUGAAGUCAUGAAGCGCCUGAGCUCGCGUGUCAACCUGAUCCCCGUCAUUGCCAAGGCCGACACUCUCAGCCCUGCCGACUUGGCUCGUUACAAGCAGAGAGUGCAAGCCGUGAUCGAAGCCCAGGGUAUCAAGAUCUACACCCCUCCUAUCGAAGAGGAUGACGAGCACGCCGCCACCCAUGCCCGCAGCCUGAUGGCCGCCAUGCCGUUCGCCGUGAUUGGAUCCGAGAAGGACGUUAAGACCAGCGACAACCGGGUUGUCAAGGGUCGUCAAUAUGCCUGGGGUGUUGCCGAAGUUGAGAACGAGGAUCACUGCGACUUCAAGAAGCUGCGUUCGAUCCUGAUCCGUACCCACAUGCUGGAUCUCAUCCACACCACCGAAGAACAGCACUACGAGGCCUACCGUGCGCAGCAAAUGGAGACCCGGAAAUUCGGCGAGGCUCGUCCUCGGAAGCUGGACAACCCCAAGUUCAAGGAGGAAGAGGAAUCUCUGCGGAAGCGAUUCACCGAGCAGGUCAAGGUCGAGGAGCAGCGGUUCAGACAGUGGGAGCAGAAGCUCAUCUCCGAGAGAGACAGACUCAACAAGGAUCUGGAAGCCACUCACGCUGCGAUCAAAUCGCUGGAGCAAGAGAUCGAUGGUUUGCAAGGCUCCUCGACCCGGAGCCAUGGACGUCGUUAAAAGGUAUAUCUUUUGGAUCAUGGGGAAUGGCUUUCUCGGACAGUGGGAAAAGCAGGAGCAAUGCGCAUUUGCCUGGAUUAAUAUUGUUAACUUUGACUACCCCUUCACCUUUCCUUAUUUCUUUUUUUCUUUUUUCGGAUUUUGUAUUCAGGGAAACCAUCGAUGGGCAACUGUCCUGCCUCGUAUUCUUCUGGCUUUCCCUGUUCUUUCUCUUUGCUUGCUGGAAGCUAGCGAUGGUCUGUCUACAUCUUGAUAAUAACCCAUUUGUACUCCGUAGCAUGUCAAUACAGAUUUAAUAAUUGUCUUCU